GCACAGCGUGUUGUGUAUAAAAAAAUUCUCUUUGGUUGGUUUAUCUCGACGGAAUUAUAGUUAAAUUGAUUGUGUCUAUGCUAGGCUGCUAGUUCAACUGUGGCACGUUGGGUGGUGUUCUUAUAUUCAAAUUCAUAACCAGAGUGAUGAUUCUUGUAUCUUCGGGAGUGAUACAUAAACUCCUCUUUAGACAAUGUUGGCUGUUAAGCGGUGUUCUAUUUUUCUUCAUUUGCGCUGGUCUUAUUCAUGUGACCGUAUAGCGAUUAUAAUUUAAUACACGUGAUAUUUAAACAUUAGUUUAAGCGAGUGUUUUGGUAUGUGUGUAUGUAAAUCAAAGAAGGGGUUGAUUCCCAUUCAACUUUGCAAGGCACAUUGGCUUUAAGUUAACAAAACCGUUUCAAUUUCUUAUCAUUAUGUUAAGUAGUUAAGUAUCAUUCAAAAGAUCACCCAAAGAUGCACCUCAUCACCAAAUAGUCACCUACCAACCACCAAACGUGUAAAGUAAAAUCUUUUACAUGCUAACAACCAAAUACUCACCUGCCCACCACCAAACUGCAAACGCUACUACACGUGAUACAAGUCCUUAGCACAUGACAAUGCAUUCCAUAGUACAGCCACAAAUGCAUGACGUGCAACUCUUUCAACAUACUUUCAAUCACAUGAUAUAUAAGUGCAGGCUGCGUGUACCAGCAAACACAAACUAGGAAAAAUGCCAGAGUAUUGUGUGACGGGUGGUACCGGCUUCAUAGCAGCUUACAUCAUCAAAUCAUUGCUCGAACAAGGUCAUACUGUUCGAACCACCGUCAGGGAUCCAGAAAAUGUCAAAAAAGUAGGGUACCUGCUGGAGAUGAAAGGCGCUCACGAAAGACUAAAGCUUAUGAAGGCUGAUCUCAUGGUUGACGGAAGUUUUGACCAGGCCGUAGACGGCGUUGACGGGGUUUUCCAUACUGCUUCUCCUGUGAUCGUUCCAUACGACAAGAAUCUCCAGGAAACACUAAUUAAUCCAUGCAUAAAGGGAACCAUGAAUGUGCUGAAAUCAUGCAAGAAAGCUAAGAGUGUAAAAAGGGUAGUGCUGACCUCAUCCUGCUCUUCGAUUAGAUACCGUUACGACGUCCAGCAAAUUGAUCCUCUUAACGAAUCACACUGGAGCGAUACCGAAUACUGCAAACAGUACAAUCUUUGGUACGCAUAUGCAAAGACAGUAGCAGAGAAAGAGGCAUGGAGCGUAGCAAACGAGAGUGGGAUUAAUCUUGUUGUCGUAAACCCGUCGUACGUGGUGGGCCCAUUGCUUGCACCACAACCAACGAGUACAAUUCAAAAGAUACUUGAAUAUGUUAACGGGUCAGUAGAAGAAUACCCAAACAUGGCAGUAGGAUUUGUGCACAUAGAAGAUGUGGUGGCGGCUCAUAUUUUAGCAAUGGAGAAAAAAGAGGCUGCGGGCAGACUCAUUUGUUCAAGCACAGUGGCUCACUGGUCUGACGUCAUUCAAAUGCUCAAAUCGAAAUACCCAUCUUAUCCUAUUGUAGACAAGUGUAGCAGCCGAAUCGGAGAUAACAACACGCAUAACAUGGAUAGCAGUAAGAUAUUACAACUGGGAUUGCCUCCACUGAAAACACUCGAGAAAAUGUUUGAUGACUGCAUCAAAAGUUUCCAAGAGAAGGGAUUUCUGUGAAGUUUAUCAUAAAUUAAUUUAGAAUAACAACUUCCUACGAGAUCAUACUGUACUUUGGUAUAUGUAGUCACUGAAUCUUUUCUCAUUUAAUAACUUCCUACGGGAUCAUACAACGUACCAUGGUGUUGGAUCUACAAAGUAGAGCUCUGGUGUAUAAUCCAAAUCAAGCUCCAUAUUCAGCAGUCAACGACAUUGUUA